AUGCGGGCGAUACGUUCUGCGACGGCUCUCGUGAGCUCUUGCCGCUGCUUUGACAGCUCCGGAAGGUUUGGGAAGGAGCUCGGAUUCGGCCACAAGAUGCGCGACAUUCCCGUCCUCACGGGAAACCCGCGGCCCGUUGCGCGGGAGGAGGAAUGGCGUUGCGCCUACAAACUCACCGAUCGCAUGGAGGACGUCGUUAGGGAUGUGCUGAGGAAAGAUGGUUGGGGUGAGGUGGAGGUGCAGCGGGAGAUGGAACAGAUUUUUGAGAGAAAAACCCAAGACAUUCGCUCCUCCUUGAACACGUGGAGCACAGUUGAGGAGUUCCAGCGCACCCCCUGGUACCGUCGAUAUAAGCCGACAGACACGUGCGUUGCGAAGUACAUCUCUUACGAGGCGAUGAAGCUGCUGGAGCGGGCGUUAAUCCCUCCGUCGCUGAGAACCGACCCGUACGCGCACCUGCGCAAGCGCCACAUGGAGGACAACUGGAUGAACGAUAGAUUCUCGGAAGAGUCAGCCAAGUACAUAUCACGCGAAGAGUUGGCCAAGCAAACCAAGGGCCUUUCCGGAUAUGGACAAGUCACCCGGCGAAAGUUUUUAGAGUUUGACCAAAAGUUCAAGGCAUCAUACGAUGGGAAACAGCACGUGAAUGAGUCCUACUCCGCCUGGUUGCAGUCUCUCAAAUGA